AUGACUCCACCUUCCCCUUCACCUGUGCCUUCCGCAGUCUCUUCAGCCGCAGCUUCACAACACUCGUAUGAACAUCCGGAUGGAGAUGCUUCGGUAGCACGCGCCCUUGCGGGCAUGAAUCUAGUCGCCCACGCAAACGGAGACGCUCUCCCUGCUCCGGCAUUGUCUCCCGCAGGUAAACCGACUAAAGCCACCAUGGCCGCUCGCCUCACACGCAUGUUCUCCAGCACGGGGAAAAAUACACCAACCAGAGAGCAUAACGAAGUUCCUCGUGACCUAUCCGACAGUAGCCUGGAAAGUAUCCAGCCUCUCAACGGCAGGACCUCGAAGUCAUCAUCUCGACCCGCUUCAAGACCUCCUUCUAGACCUCCCUCAAGAGGAGAAAAUUCUCGAACACCGUCACGAAACCCGUCACUCAAGAGCGAACCCGUGGAAAAACACGACAAGAAGAAGAUGGAUGAUAAAAAGACAAAAGAUGGAGCUUCAGCUCACAAGCGAUUCGAGGUUCUAACGGAAGCUCUCGGCAACCACUCACAUAACCUCAGAAGUGCUAGACGGCAAGAGAAGCUUACCGAUCUAUUGCGGGAUAUGAUGGGUGGCCGGAAAAAGGACGACCAGGUGGAUGAGCAACAGCUGUCGCUGAUGUCGACCUGGAUUGAUCAGUUCAAGACGGAGCGUGAUAAAGUGGCUGCUGAUAAGAAGGGCGGCCCUAACGCCACUGCUUCUCUGGUCGACAAGUACGGAAAGUGCCAGGAGAUCGUGGGCCGUGGUGCGUUCGGUAUCGUACGCAUCUCGCACAAGGUCGACCCUCAAGAUUCCAAGUGUGAACAGCUGUAUGCUGUCAAGGAGUUCCGCCGCCGGCCCCAAGAAACGACCAAGAAGUAUCAAAAACGACUGACUUCUGAAUUUUGUAUCUCAUCGUCACUUCGUCACCCGAAUGUCAUUCACACUUUGGACCUCUUGCAAGAUGCCAAGGGAGAUUACUGUGAAGUUAUGGAAUACUGCGCUGGUGGUGAUCUGUACACACUGGUCCUUGCUGCCGGCAAGUUGGAAGUGGCCGAGGCCGAUUGCUUUUUCAAGCAGUUGAUGCGGGGUGUUGAGUAUAUGCACGAAAUGGGUGUCGCACACCGCGACCUUAAACCCGAAAAUUUGCUCUUGACCACUCACGGUGCACUCAAGAUCACCGAUUUUGGUAAUGGCGAAUGCUUCCGUAUGGCCUGGGAGAAAGAAGCCCAUAUGACCGCCGGACUCUGCGGUUCCGCCCCAUAUAUCGCCCCGGAGGAAUACGUCGAGAGGGAAUUUGAUCCCCGAGCGGUUGAUCUCUGGGCGACUGGAGUGAUCUACAUGGCCAUGCGCACUGGUCGGCAUCUUUGGCGCGUGGCGCGCAAGGAUGAAGAUGAAUUCUACCAGCGGUACCUAGACGGUCGCAAACAUGAGGAUGGAUACGCUCCCAUCGAGACGUUGCAUCGGGUAAGAACGGCCAAUCCCUCUCCUGCGGCUGGAGGGCAAAAACUUAUGAAUUCUCAGGCUCGUUGUCGCAACGUGAUCUACUCCAUCCUUGAUCCCAAUCCUUCUCGCCGCAUCAAUGCCUCCCAGGUCCUCAAAUCUGAAUGGGUGCGCCAAAUUAAGUUGUGCAAGGCUGGCGAGGAAGGGUUCUGA